GGCGGAGAGCUGAGAUCGGACUGCGAUGAGCAGCUGCUGAUCACCAUCGCCUUCCCAAGCGCAGUCAAGCUCCACUCGAUCGUGCUCGAGGGCCCCGGCUCAGCGCCCGACGAGAUACGCCUGUUUCUGAACCGGACGGCGAUGGGAUUUGACGACGCCGAGGCGGAGGAGCCCCUGCAGGCGCUGCCGCUGGACGAGGCGCGCCGGUCGGGCGCGCCGCUCCUGCUCCAGUACGUCAAGUUCCAGAACGUCUCGACCCUUACGCUCUUUGCGCCUUCCAACCAGGAGGAGAGCGAGGUGACCACGCUCCACCGGCUGCGCUUCUUCGGCAGUGUCCACGACACCACAAACAUGAAGGAGUUCAAGCGGGUC